UGAUGAGUAAAAAAUUGAAAUGUGAUGGCUGUUAGGUAAUGUACUUAAUGAGAAAGGAAUGUUUUAGGUAUGUUCUCGUAAGAAAUUAGUUUUUUUUAAUUUUCCUAGUAUAUCACUGACUAAUAUUUGUUUGAAAUAUUGCUUUCUGUGGAAUUAUGUGGUCAGAUUUCAAUGAUGCAUAAAGGAGUUUGGUCUAGGGGUGGGACUAUUUAAACAACUGGACAUUUUGUAUUACUAGUCUCAACUGUGCAUUGAUCAGUCUUGUAUACCCAGCUAUAGAUUUUAUGAACUUGCAGAAUGAAUCCAGUCCAACACAGAAGCAUUAUCAAAGGUGGACUAAAAGCUGGAAAAAGCUUUUCUGUCCGAGGAGUGAUCAACCCCAACCCUCAUAGGAUAGAAUUCAACCUGCGCCACAGGUUCGGCAUUGCAUUUCACUACAAUCCCCGUUUUGAUGUGAAUAAAGUAGUGUGCAACACUUGGGACGGUCAGUGGGGUUCAGAAGAAUUUCCUGCAUGUAUGCCAUUUAAAGCAUGCCAACCCUUUGAGAUCAACAUUUCAUGUAGUGAUCAUUCCUUCAAUGUGUGUGUGAAUGGUCAACACGUAUGCUCUUACAAGCAUCGCCUUCAUUCAUUGAAUGAAAUUGAUGUUUUUGAAGUUCUUGGAGAUCUGCAGAUAAAUCAUGUGGAUGCUUAGCGAAGAUUUGAUCGAUUUUUAGGUUCAAGAUCAAUGUAGAAAUACAUUUCUAAUGCAUUUGCUUAGUAAUUUUAUUGAUUACUUUGUCUCCUAUUGGUUUGUAUACCAUUAACUGCA